UCCGGGCCUUUCAGCAUUGUUCCACAGAUUCAGAGAGAGAGCGGCAAAACCCUAAUCGAAUCGCAAUGAAGUACAACCCUAGAGUCUCCAGCUCCCGCCGCAAGAACCGCAAGGCCCACUUCACGGCGCCGUCGAGCGUCCGCCGGAUUCUGAUGAGCGCCCCCCUCUCCGGCGACCUGCGCUCCAAGUACAAUGUCCGCUCGAUGCCGGUUCGCAAGGACGACGAGGUUCAGGUCUUGAGAGGGACCUACAAAGGCCGUGAAGGCAAGGUCGUGCAGGUCUACCGUCGGAAGUGGGUCAUCCACAUCGAGCGGAUCACCAGGGAGAAGGUGAACGGCUCCACCGUCAACGUCGGAAUCAAUCCCUCCAAGGUUAUGAUCACGAAGCUCAAGCUCGACAAGGACCGCAAGUCGCUGCUCGAUCGUAAGGCCAAGGGUCGCGCUUCUGCCGAUAAGGAUAAGGGCACUAAAUUCACCGCGGAGGAUAUCAUGCAAAGCGUCGACUAAUUUUGAUCUGGUGAAAAUUUUUGCAAGUUAUCUCCUUAGUUCUAUCCCUUUCUCUGUUUUGAUAACUUAAUGCUUUUUUGUUUUCUAUUCCUCCGAAUAGACGAUGACAAUGUUUUAUUGUUUUAAUGCUUUGAGUUCUUCAGUUGCUCUCGGUACCUGGAUUUUUGGUUGUUUUUCAAUGCAAUAUCAUAAGAUUCCUUUUGUUAA